GUCGCUCGGUCCCGUCACCGCGAGGUAUGAGUCGUCCUCGCGGCGUUGGUCUCCAGGCAGCGCAAGGCCGGGGGUUGGCGUCCGGGCGCCUCCAGAACCAGUGCCCUGAGGACUCGCGUGGUGCCUGAGACUGCACCAGUGCUUCUCGCUCCUGUUCCUGUCCAAGGACAACCCGCCAGAGCUGGAGGAGAGUGGGGAGGUGGCUUCCUGCCUGGCCCAGCACGAUGCACACGCUUGUGUUCCUGAGCACGCGGCAGGUGCUCCAGUGCCAGCCAGCUGCCUGCCAGGCCCUGCCCCUGCUGCCUCGAGAGCUCUUCCCCCUGCUGUUCAAGGUGGCCUUCAUGGACAAGAAGACUGUUGUGCUUCGCGAGCUGGUGCACACAUGGCCCUUUCCGCUGCUCAGCUUCCAGCAGCUGUUGCAGGAAUGUGCCCACUGCAGCCGGGCCUUGCUGCAGGAACGCCCCAGCACAGAGAGCAUGCAGGCUGUGAUCCUGGGGCUGACGGCCCGGCUCCACACCCCAGAGACGGAGGCUGGCACACAGCCUCUCUGCAGGAAGCAUGCCCUGCGGGUGCUGGACAUGACGGGCCUCCUGGACGACGGUGUGGAGCAGGACCCUGGUACCAUGAGCAUGUGGGAUUGCACAGCAGCGGUGGCCCGCACGUGCAUCGCGCAGCAGCAGGGCGGGACUGUGGAGCCUGGGCAGGCCCCCCUUCCUGUGGAGGUUCGUGUGGACCUGCGGGUGAACAGGGCCUCCUAUGCAUUCCUGCGGGAGGCGCUCCGAAGCAGCGUAGGCAGUCCCCUGCGGCUCUGCUGCCGGGACCUGCGGGCCGAGGACCUGCCCAUGCGCAACACUGUGGCUUUGCUGCAGCUGCUGGACGCGGGCUGCUUGCGCCGUGUGGACCUGCGCUUUAACAACUUGGGUCUCCGUGGCCUGUCUGUUAUCAUCCCCCAUGUGGCCCGCUUCCAGCACCUGGCCAGCCUGCGGCUGCACUAUGUGCACGGGGACUCCAGGCAGCCCUCUGUGGACGGCGAGGACAACUUCCGUUACUUCCUGGCCCAGAUGGGCCGUUUCACUUGUCUGCGGGAGCUCAGCAUGGGCUCCUCUCUCCUCUCCGGACGGCUGGACCAGCUGCUCAGCACCCUGCAGAGCCCCCUGGAGAGCCUGGAGCUGGCCUUCUGUGCUCUGCUACCUGAGGAUCUGCGCUUUCUGGCACAGAGCCCACAUGCUGUCCAUCUCAAGAAGCUGGACCUUAGUGGCAAUGACCUGUCUGGCAGCCAACUAGAGCCUUUCCAGGGCUUACUGCAGGCAGCCGCGGCCACGCUGCUGCACCUGGAGCUGACCGAGUGCCAGCUUGCGGAUACGCAGCUGCUGUCCACGCUCCCUGUGCUGACGCGCUGUGCCAGCCUCCGCUACCUCGGCCUCUACGGCAACCCUCUGUCCAUGGCGGGCCUCAAGGAGCUCCUCCGGGAUUCAGUGGUACAGGCUGAGUUACGCACGGUGGUGCACCCCUUCCCUGUGGACUGCUACGAAGGCCUGCCCUGGCCGCCGCCGGCUUCUGUUCUGCUGGAGGCUUCCAUCAACGAGGAGAAGUUUGCUCGUGUCGAGGCUGAGUUGCACCAGCUGCUACUAGCCUCAGGCCGUGCGCACGUGCUUUGGACCACAGACAUUUAUGGGCGCCUGGCAGCAGACUACUUCAGCCUAUGACCUCCAGGCCGUGCUGGGGUUCAGGGCUGCUGAAGACCCCUCCUUGCCUUAGAUAGACAGACCCUUCCCUGGCACCCUGCUGGAGGCCUGACACAGGGCACUGGUCUCAGGUUUCCUUGCUCCUGGGCACUGGGAGCCUUCUUUUGCUUUGGGCAGCACCUUGUGGUUUGCCUUGGGCCCGUGCCCCUGACUGGCUGACUGUUGGCUUCGGGGCUGGAUUUCAGGCCUGCACGGCCAGAUUUGGUUUGGGUGCACUUGGCUACCCUUGGUGUUGUGGUCCUCUCAGAGAGUGUUCUCUCUAGGCCCUUCCCAAGGGUGGACUGCCCUGGGGCUGAAGCUGGAACACGGACCUGCUUCAAGGAGCGCUGGGUCUCCCUGCCCUGGCACCCAGGAGACCUCCUGGCAGGGCUUUGGAGCCAGAAGGUGUCGUUAAGGUACAACGUGCAGUGUGUUUGGAACUCGAA